AUGGCUUCCUGGAAGAGACUUCUGCUCGUUCUCGUUUGCGUCGCAGCAUUUGCUUCCGUCGCGUUUGCCACGCCUAAAUCCGACCCAAAUGAAAAACCUGAUGACACGAAGACUCUCAAUGCCAACAAGGCCGGCGCCAUCUUCGUCUUCUUCGCGUGUAGUUUCAUGGGCGUGUGGGUUCCGUACUUCAUCCCCGUGCACCCGCUGUUUCUCAAGUUCGGUAUUCUCUUCUCCACUGGCCUCUUCAUCGGCAUGUCCCUCCUCUACCUCGCUGUGGAGACGUUCGAGGAGUUCGAGGAGCUCGCAGGAGACGACUAUCCGUACGGCAUGCUUGUCAUCGUGAUGGGCAUUUACCUGACGUGGGUGUGCGACCUCAUCGUCAAGUCUGUGUGGAUAAAGCGCACGGGCUCUUUUGAUGAUAAGGAGGACGAACUGGGGCCCACCAUUGCUGGCGCAAUGGGAGUGGGAGAGAAGAAGGUGGUUGAUUCAGAUGCUGAGACUGCUGUCGCCAAGGUUGACAUUCAGGCUCUCACCAUCGUCGACGUCGUCCUCGUCCUCUUCGGCCUCUGCUUCCACGCUUUCUUUGAGGGCAUUGCUGUCGGACUUGCGCAGACUGUCUCCAAAGUCUGGUCCAUGACUGCACAAAUCGGUGUGAAUGAGUUUUUCGAGGGUAUGGCCCUUGGUGUCACUCUUCGUGUUCAGGACACUCGCCGCAGUGGCCUCAACCACUUCUUUUAUGCCUUAGGGGCUUCCCUUGUUGCUCCUACUGGCAUUGCCAUUGGCUUGGCUCUUGACUCCGCCAGCGGCAAGGUGGCAAGGGAGUGGAUCAAGGGUUUCGGAAAUGGCAUGGCCGCUGGUGUCUUCAUCUUUAUCGCUCUUGGCCAUCUUCUCGCCAAGGGAAUGAAGCCAGGACCCAAAGAUGCUUGGUGGAUAGUCUUUGCCAAGUGGUUUGUUGCAGGCCUUGGUGUGAUGACCAAUGCCCUGCUUCAGCUGUGGCAUUAG